UAGGUGAUUGAAAAACUGGCAAAGCAGUUAUCUGAAUCCGACUCAAGUAUGUUUGGGCACAUCUGUUGCCAUUUUGGUUAUCUGCUGAAGUUCUGAUGGGCUCUGCUUCUGGUUUCAGAAAUAAGGUGCACAUUGUCAAGGCCGGCCUUCUCAAGAAGCUGCCGCAGCUCAUGGACGACAAGGACUUGUCAAGAAGCCAGCAGCUUGCGCUCCUCCUCCUCUCCAUCUCGUCGUUGGCCAACACCGACUUUCCCCUCUCUGCCUCUGAGCUCCUCCCGUUCCUCGUCGCCACCCUCGGCGCCGACGACGUCCCGGCCGACACGAAGCUGCCGUGCCUGGCCGCCCUCCGCAACCUCUCCACGAAACUCGAGCACGUCCGGGACGUGGUCUCCAGCGGCGCGGUGCACGCGCUCCUGUCGCUCGUCCCGGACAAGAAGUCGUCCGAGGCGGCGCUGUCCAUCCUCGGGGAGCUGGCGGCGACGAGCGCGGCGGGGAAGAAGGCGAUGGAGGAGGACGAGGUGGCGCCGAGGGCGCUCCUGGAGGCCAUGAUGCGGCACGAGAGCGCGCGGUGCCAGGAGCACGCGACGUACCUGGUCAUGGUGCUCGCGCACGGCAGCCGGGCGUUGCGGCAGAGGAUGCGACAGCUCGGCGUCGUGCAGGCGCUCCUGGAGGUGUCGCUGCUCGGGAGCCCGCUGGCGCAGAAGAGGGCGGCCAAGAUCCUGCAGUGGUUCAAGGAGGAAGGGCAGAGCAGGAUCAGGGCGCAUUCGGGGCCGCGCAUGGAGGGCACGUCGUGCCACGACGACGAUGACGUCGGCGACGGUAGUGGUGGCGACGGCGACGGCCAAGAGGCGAAGGAGUGCCGGGACACCGUGGACAAGAUAGUGAAGCAGAGCCUUGAUAGGAACAUGAAGUCUAUACUAAGGAGGGCCACGGCGUCCGUGGACCUGACAAAUGUUAAGCUGCUCGUUACGAGCUCUAGCUCCAAGAGCUUGCCUUGUUGAACUCGAUUCACCAGUGCUCAGUUUUCCCUUUUAUUUAGUAGAAUCAUCAAAUCCAGGAAGAAAUUGAGCUGAAUACAUUUUGAUAUAA